CCAUCUGCUAAUUUAUUAUUGAAAUGAAAUUGACAUUUGUUAUAAAUAGAAAACGUAAAUAUGGUAGGCUCAAGUGUGUUUUUAUUUGUUAUGAAUGCGAACUUUUAUUGCAAUCAGUAUAAAGCAAAAUGUCUAAGCAAGUAAAAAGAAAAAUAACAGUGAAUUUGUCGCCGAAAUCAAAGAGUCUUCAAAAAAGCCGGCCGAGUGUGUUUGAGAGGUUGGGCACAAAGGCUGGCUCUGCACAGAAAGAGUUUUGCCAUCAUUGGGCCCAAAACGGUACAUGUCCUUAUGGAAAAUCUUGCAAAUAUUCUGCAACUCAUACAUUAAUAAGUCCAUCAAAACAAAGGCUUGCAAAAACUCAGUCUGAUUCUAAAAAGAGGCAUUCCAAGGAUGCCCAUAAACGAUUACACACAGCUCCAGGUGAGGAAUGGGAGCACCAAUGGAACCCUGAAGAAUUAGAAGAUGCAGAUGCUGAUGAUCUGGAAAAGAGGCGUUUAGAACUGCAAAGAGAACUAGAGCUACAAAUGAAAAUGGAGAACAAGGCACAUAAGAAGCAAAAAAAAGUAAAAAAGGAAAGCAGUCCUUCGUCAGAAAGUUCAAGUAGUUCAUCUGAUUCAAGCUCCAGUAGUGAUGAAUCUUCUUCAAGUAGUUCAUCAUCUGUGGAAACAAGAAGGAAGAAAACUAAAAAAAUAAAAAAGAGAGAUAGUUCUUCAUCUUCUGAACAUGAUCGGAGAAAGCACAAAGCUAAAGUGGUUAAAACCUCAAAGAGUGUUGUGCGAGUAGAGAAAAAGAAAACAGUUUCAAGUUUGACCAAGGUAAAAGUUCAUCCAAAAUCUCCCCCUCCCAUAAAAUCAAAGAAAUUAUCACAAACUCCCCCACCUAAAAUAAAAACUUUAACUCCAGUUAAAAGUAAAGUAAAAUCAGAGUCAAAAUCACCUCAUCCACCCAGCCAUUCAAAUGAGCGAAAGGAUAAACAUCGUACACCAUCCCCAAAAAUAAUUAAAGAUAAAGAUCGCGAGAGAGAAAAAGAAAAGGAACGCGAUAAAGAGCGAGAAAGGGAAAAAGAGAAAGAACGUGAAAAAGAAAAAGAACGCGAGAGGGAAAGGGAAAGGCAACGUUUGAAGGAACGAGAUAAAGAGAAGAGGAAAGAGCGCUCACCUAAGCGUGAGUCUCGGCCACCUAAAGACUUAAAAAUUAAGAAAGGUUCUCCAGAUUCAAGCCAUUCUAGAGAUCGUAAAAUAUCUCCUACUCGAUCACGAGGAAGCACCAGUAGCAGUAAACGGGAUGUACACAAAGCUUCAAGUCCAUCGAAAGACAGACGUUACGAUAAGAGAGCAGAUUCCAGAAGUAAAGAUAGAAAGGAGUCCACUUCUCGUGGCAAGGAAAAACGUGAUUCUCGAGACAGAGAACGUGAUCGUGAGAAAGAACGCCGUCAAGCCCGCGAGGAACGCGAAGCAGCCCGAGAAAAAGAACGUGAGGAAGCUUUGGCCAGAUGUCAAGAGAGGCAGAGAGAACGUGAACGUUUAAAAGAAUUGGCUAAAAAAGAAGAUGAGAGACGAGCGAAAGAUAGGCCUCGCAGAGAUGACCGUGGCUUAGAUAAGCCAUCAGGCGACAGGAUUGAACGAUUGUUACCCCUACCACAAGAUCGUAUUCCACCAGCUAGAAAAGAAUCAAUUGAGAAAGAACGACAGGGUCGAAGAUCUCCCAGAAAUAGAUCGAGAUCUCGUAAAUCUCACGAAAGACUUGAUAGAAAUUAUGAUCGUUCAUUAGAUAGAAAUUACGAUAGAGAGCAUGAUCGAGAAUAUAUGAGAAUCCGGGAUGAUCAUAGACAACCACCACCGCCACCUCCUGUACCACAUGAUGAGAAGCGGUAUGAUAGUCCGUAUGAUAGAGCAAGGCACGAUGAUCGGAGGUACUUGGAUAUUGAUCACUAUAGCGAUGACAGAAGUAAUAUUGAAAGAACAGACUACACAGAUGAUCGGCGACCCUUGUGGGAUGAGCGUGAUAGAGAUAUUGAUGCAAGAGAUAUAGAAUCUAGAAGAUAUAGAGAUGAAACAAGAGGUCCGCCGCCUACUUCCACUGCCAAUAUUAAGUCACGUGAACAAUGGAGCGAAGAAUAUCAAGAACAUGAAUGGGAUAGGAAUAGAAGACCGCCGCCACAACCUCCGCUUGAUUGGGAAGGAGGACGAGAAAAUUGGGAAAACAGAGAGCAUGAUGCAGCUCCACAUGACGAUGACUGGAGACAUUAUAAUAGGCCUGUUGACAGUUGGCCUAAUAUUGAAGACAGGAGAAGAUGGAAUGAAUGCGGUAAUUGGAGGGACCGGGAACGCGAAGUUUCCAGACCAAGAAGUGCAACAUCACAUAGAGAAGAAGAGCAUCCUAUUGUUGACGGUCGUCGCAAGGAACCAACGCCGUUGAUUAGGGCAGAACCUAUUGAAUUAAAGCAUGAUGCAAUCGUGCCAGUAAUUGAUUCUAAAAAGGAAACGUCUUCCGCUAAAAGACCUGCAGAAUCGGCGCCAGAAGAAGUAUCUGAAGUGAAGAAAAUAUGUAUUGAAGAGCCUCUUGCUGACGAUUUGAGCGAAAUCAGUGAUGAUGCAGAUGAAAUUUUAAAUAUGGUUGAAGAGAUUCCAGAAGUUCUAGAUGAACCUAAAAAAAAUAAUGAAGCUGAUGUUAAAAAUGUUACAUCUGAAACAAUUUGUGUUGAAGAACCUUCUAUAGUCCAAAAACCCCCUUCGCCGCCUCAUGCUAAAGAAGAGUCUAUCGAAGAAGAAAAUAUGGAUUUAGAUUUUGAAGAAAUAUCUGAAGACGAGUUAGAGGAAGAAGCUAGAAUUAAAGGAUUAGGGGAUGCGCUAGGUGUUGAUUGGGCCAGCCUAGUAGCCGAAUCAAAACCAAGAGUUCUGCCUAUGACGUCUGCUAAACGUCGUUGGGAGAGUACUAAUGUUUUAGUUAAUUCGGGAAUUUCGGUACAUUUGGCUGGCGAGAAAAUAGUAGAGAAAAUCUAUAAAGACUAUGCUAACGCUAAAAUAAUGGAAAUCGCUAGUAAAGAACCUGAUCAUGUGGAGAUUAAACAGGAAGAUGAAGGGAAGCCAAUUAGUAAUGGUAUUGUUAAAGAAGAUAUUAAAGAAAACCCCGAAUUAGUACCGCAUUCGGUAGCUGGAAUACAAACAGUUUUAAGGGAUAAACAAGUUAUUCGUAAGAAUUUGUUUGCUAGCGCUGGACCUUUUAAGAGAGCAUUGACAGCAAGACGGGAUCUUAUGAUACGUAGACACUUAUGUAAUUUCCCUUUAAAAGAUACUUAUGUUGAACCACUAAAGAAUUAUGAUCCUGAGUUGUUUAAAUCUGCUGUUAAACUAUUUCAACGUAGUUUAUAAUUUUUAUUAAUACUGUUUAUUAUUUAGAGUUAUUGUAAUUGUUUAAUAUUAGCUGGCAGUAAAUAAAGGA